ACAGAUACUUGAAUGUAUGAUGCAGAUCUCAACAGUAUCAUCGGGAGCAUUUCAGGAGCUCAUAACAACAGUAGAAUAAGUCGAAAGGACCUGUGUAAUGGCGAAAAUUUGCCGAUAAUGUAUAUAUUUUUAAUCGGAUUCCUGCUACAAUUUGGAAUAACCGAGAGGUGUUAAGCUUGUUAUUCAUAAAGGAUACCAAUGCCAAGAAUCAGAGCCAGAAAGAUUGCAACCACGGUUGUCGUUCUUGUCAUGUGUUUCCUCAUGAUUUCCAAUAUAAAGGAUGCUAUUUCUGUACAGUCAAACAUGGAUCACGGAGAAAGUAGUUCCAAUUAUCAAAUUUAUGAACUUCAACCACAGCAAGGGGAACAAAAGAAGCAGAAACAUCAACAACAACAAAAACAACAACACCAAAAGCAGCAAGGAUUGAAUGUCAAUACCUUACUAGCUGAUGAUUCGGAAUCGGCAAAGGACGACAUAUUAAAAACAUGUAAAAUUACGCAUAAUUGUUCCGAAUGGUUUGCAAACUCACUGGAAGACAACUUACGAACAAUAUCCAUGUACCCGCGGAGUAAUCUAUCGGAUUUUUCUGAACUUGAAGCCCCGCAGAAAAAUGAUACGUCAUUUCCUGUCAUAGUUACGUCAGCCAGCAGAGGUUUCUUCGGGAGCAUGCAAGGACUGCUGAGAAGCGUGUACGACUUUGUUGUUCCAAAGUAUCAAGAUGUUCAAGUGGUUGUUUAUGACAUGGGAUUAACUACUGAUCAAGUGGCACAGGUAAAUAAAUACUGCGACAUUUGUACAGUACGACUAUUCAACUUCAGUCGUUAUCCGCCCCAUGUCUCACACCUGAAGAAGUAUGCUUGGAAGCCAAUCAUGAUUCAGGAGGCAUUGAAAGAGUUUAGUUGGGUUUGGUGGAUGGACAGCUCAGCAAGAAUUAAAACAACUGACAUUGACCCGGCUCUUCAAUACAGCAUUGACAACUCCAUACUAUUCUUCACUUAUGGUCAAAUCCUCAACGUUGCUAGGCAUACAGAUGUACGGACCAUGCUUUAUUUGAAUGAGGAUACGUGCAAAUAUCGUUAUUUCGGCGAAAUCGAGGCGGGUUUCGUUCUCUUCCAUUUUGAUGGCGUCACCAAAACGAUUGUUGACUCUUGGUGCGCAUGCGCACUCACUGAACAGUGCAUUUCACCACCAGGUGCUAAACUAUCGUGUAAUUCCCAUGAACACAAGGACGGGGAGUGUCAUCGAUUUGACCAAUCGGUUUUAAGCAUUAUCUUAAGAAGGUUAUUUCAUCAUUGUAAUGAUUAUCCACUCGUACGAGAGCCUUUAAGAAUACAUGACAUUCGACGUGGAAAGAGUAUAAGGUUUUUUCCUGACUAAACAUCAUACAUUUUUUUGGCGUUCUUUUGUACUAAAAACGAGUAUCAAAACACCAUAUAAACGAAAUAAUUGGAGGGAAAGACAUUGAUUGGAAUUCAAUAUACUAUAAUAUGAAGUAUCCGGGAGAUAGUUUAAAACAAGAGGCAUAAGGCGUAUUUUGAAAUAAUUGGCAUAACAAUAUAUUAGAAAUAAGGGGCAUUAGGAAUACAUUUGAAAUAAGGGGCAUUAAAAAUACAUUUGAAAUACAGGGCAUUACAAAUACAUUUAAAAUAAGGGGCAUUAGGGAUACAUUAUAAAUAUGGGGCCUUAGAAAUACAUUUGAAAUAAUGGGAAUUAGGAAUACCUUUAAAAUUAUGGGCAUUAGGAAUAUAUAUUUAAAAUAUUGGGCUUUAUUAAUGUAUUUGAAAUAAGGGCGAACAAAAUAUAAUAAUAAUGAAUGCAAUGAAUAAAGAGAAAUCCGCAUUGAUUUCCAUGCUCGUUUAUUUUAGAAAUGUUCUAGAAAUUUUAUUAUCCAUUAAUAUUCUUCGGUCUAACUUCUGGUUCUUAUUUGCUGAAACUUUAACGAUAUAUGUUGUAGAAAUACGGGUUCAUUAACCCUUUAUUGAAGUGGAGCGGGGGUGGGCUGUGCCCCCUCCUAACCCCCUUGUAUUGUAUUUUGAGAAUUUUCAGUUAAUUGUUGUGUGAACUUUCUGGGCAGUUGGUAUUUUAA